UCCAAAAAGGCGCUUCUAAGAAACAGCCAAGUUAGUGUAGGAACAUUAGGCAUAUAAAUAAGCUGUUGAUCACCACACUUCUUUCAAAAAUCAAAACAUACACCAAUUAAUAGAAGCUCAAUCCUCUUGAAUAUCACAAUCAUAAUAGUAACAAAAAAUGGCCAAAGUUCAUCCACAUCAAGAAUCCACAUCCUCUGAUUCUCUCAUCAGCAGGUCUAAUAAAAGAGAAACAUAUACUGUAUGGAUGAAAUCACUUGUUCUCCACUCCAAUGGUUGCACUGUCUAUGAUUCAAAGGGUAACAUCGUUUAUCGAGUUGAUAACUAUGACAAGAAAGGUGGAAGAGAAGUGAAUCUCAUGGAUCUACAAGGCAAUGUUCUCUGCACCAUCAAAAAGAGAUUACUAGUUUUUGGAUGUUGGGAAGGCCACAAAUAUUGCAACAAUUCUACUUUUAGAAGCCAAAAGGAACAACCAUGGUUUCAAGUUAAAAGAUGUCAUAAGGUUUUCUCUGGGAAAAUAGCUUGCCAGAUUAAAGUGGGGAGCCAAAAUUUGUGUAUAGAAAGAAUCAGUAUAGGAAAAUCAUUUGCUUUUCGGAUAGUAAACAAAGAUGGAGAAAUCAUUGCUGAGGCAAAGCAAAAACAGUCAUCCUCAGGGGUUGUUCUGAGUAACGAUGUUCUAACGUUGGAUUUGGCCACCGGCGUGGAUCAUUCCCUUAUUACGGCUUUGAUAACGGUAUAUGGAUUGAUAUGCGGCUUGAUGUAGAUUAUAUUUCAUACUAAGAGAUUUUUAUGCACAAUUCAAUUCAUUUUAAGGCCCUGAUUGGGCAAACUUUUUGCUUUUCUACACUUUUUCCAUCGUCUGAUGUCUUGUAAAGUUUUGCAACUAGUGUUUAGCUCAGUUUGUAUAAAAAGAUCAUGAGCUUCAUCAGGAUCUUCUUUUUUUUUACUGAGCAUCAUCAGGAACUGUAAUUAUAGAGAUAUGUACAAGUACACAUAUAUAUAUUGUAUACAAAGAAAAAAGAUAGAAUUAAUUAUA